GCCUUCCUGGAGUCCGUGAGGAAUGGAGCCCGUGAGGAACGGAGGAAUGGAAGGAGCGGGAGCCGCUCCGCUUCGGCGCGUGCAAUCGGCGUGCGCAUGCGCAUAAGGAGGGCCACGAUUGGUGGGCGGGGGCGGCCUCACGGUCCGUCCCAGCCAAUCCGGGCGCAGCAGGAGGGCGGGGCCUGGCCGCCACUGGCGGGCGCGGCGUCCGCGCGCGGGUUUCGUCUCCUCCGAGCGGCGCGCGGGCCCUCCGGUCGGCGCCAUGGAGUCGGGGCUGAUCCCCCGGUUAGCGCGGCGCCUGGGCGUCUCCGAGCCCGACGUGCUGAGGAAGGCGGAGGAAUUGCUGCGGCUGUCCCGGGUGAGGUGCGGUGGCCUGUCUGCAUGCACCUCCGAGACCAGCAGCGCCGUCAUGUGCCUGGACCUGGCGGCCGCCUGCCGGAGCUGCCCCUUGGACAGGGCUUACGUCGCCCAACUGGCCGGCCUGAACCAGAAGGCGUACCAGAGCCGCCUCAAGUCGUUCGAGUGUCUGCUGGGCCUGAACUCGAGUGUGGGGAUACAGGACCUGGCCGUCCAGUUCGGCUGCACGGAGGCCGCGGCCCUGGCCGCGCAGACGCUGCAGAGCUACGAGGCCAGCCUUCCACAGACGCAGCAGGCGGACCUCGACCUGUCCAGGCCGCUGUUCACCGCCGCCGCGCUGCUCACGGCCUGCAAGAUUUUAAAGCUGAAGGUGGAUAAAAACAAGAUGGUAGCCACGUCGGGCGUGAAGAAGGCCAUCUUUGACCGGCUGUGUAAGCAGCUGGAGAAGGUUGGGCGGCAGCUGGACCGAGAGCCUCGAGAUGCCGGGUCCCCACCCUGGAAGAAACGGAAGGCCACGGACGAGGCUCUGGGAGCCGAAACAGAGGAGGUGGAAGAGGGCCCACCCAAACCGCCCAGCAGUGAAGACCCGGCGCUGGAUUACGAGGAGUGGAAAAGGAAGAUUCUGGAAAACGCUGCCAGAGCACAGGCGGCUGCGGCCGAGUGAGUUCCUCCUGCUGCUCGCUUUUAUGGCAAGGACCCUCCGGCCCGCCUCAGCAGGGCAGCAGCGGCCCCCGCCUGGGCAGCAGCUGCCCCUGGCCUGGGCUGCACGCGCGCCAGAUCAGCCCCGGCCCCGCUGGCACGGCCCGGCUCCCCAUGCAGGGACCGGAGCCGCUGCUCCGUCUCCUCCGGCCUGUAACACUCAGGCCGAUGGUUACAGGUUUCACUUCAGUUUUUGUCUUGUUUCUUGGAUUGAUUAAAUCAAUGUAUGUACAGCCAAGUUAAUAAAUACCGCUUUUAUGUGGG